AUGUUCAAGCUGGCUAUGUUCUGUGCGAUGUUGGCUGCUCUGCAGUUGGUCAGCGUUUUGGGUAAAGAAUGCUUCUACGAGGAUCCAGGAUACAAGAUGCCCGAUGGGAUCGUUGAUCUCAUUCCCGGCGUAACAACCGCCGAGGGUUGUAAGAAAUAUUGUCGUGGCGUAGAAGGCUGCCGCGAAAUUCAAGUCGUUGAUGGAAACAAGUGCUUCAUGAAGAAAAUGGACGUUAACUUUGACUGGGACGAUAUGUUGAAGAACCAACCAAAUGUGGUGUACUACUGGAAUUGCGAAGAGGCUGAUUAUAAAUAA